AGGCAGGAUAGCCAAUUGCCAAAAUUAUUUAAUAAAUGAAAUAUUUGGCGUAUUUAAGUCAAGGCAUAAGCACAGAUAAUGUGAACAUCAAUCUUCAGACUCAAAUAUGAAAUCAUACUUUACAACAUUCCGUACAUACAGAGAGAUAUUUGUGUUCUUCGAGUGUGCAUGAUAACGUGCGUAUGAACAUCAUUUCCGCCGCGUGUUGCGUGUUUACAUAUGGCAAGAGAGCGUAUCUAGAAUAAGUUCGAACUGUGACAAUAACACAACGAAAAUGAAGUAUGGUUUUCAGAGUGUUAUUUUGCUAUCAAUAUUAAAAUUUAGCGUUAUAAUUUGUGAUGAUACAUAUAGCUGUAAACUACGCAAUGGAACUACAGAUACAAAGAAGCACCUGAUGCAACGCAUAGUGCCACUUCAAGGGCAGAAGUUUCAAGUUGACUCAGGAGGCAUUUCUUAUAUCGUUACCAUCUGCAGUAAUGCCUUAGAAAUUUAUCCAAAUUCCAGUGUGGUUGGAGGACAAGGAAAAGAAUUUGCAGUCCUAGGGAGGUAUAAUGAUACUGAUAUAAUCGGAGGAGAAUCAUGGCUGCUUCUGACCUAUGGAAGUGGUGAUGGAGAUCAGAAAGAUGAAUCCUGUAAUCUGAGCAGGAGGGUUCAAAUUCUGAUCACAUGCAUGGAAGAAAAAGAUGGUGCAAGUUUACACUUCCUGGAAUAUAACAAAAACUGGAAUGUGACGGGGUGCUUCUUCUCAUUUGAGCUUCAAACAUCAGCCAUGUGUGACAAGACUGGACUCAGCAAUGGCUCAAUCUUGUGCAUAAUCUUUCUGACAAGUUUGGGGGUGUACUUCCUCUUUGGAAUUGCUUACAAGAGAAUGAUCGGUGGUGCUAAGGGAUUUGAACAGAUCCCUCACCACAAUUUCUGGAAAGAGCUGGGAAAUUUGCAGGCAGAUGGCUGCAACUUUGCAUGUCGUCGUGAGAUUCAUCAAGAGGAAUCCUGGCGCAGGCUGACAAACAAUUUUAAUGAUCCACAUGAUGACAGAGAUGAUGCUCUACUUAGACCUUGACCUCACUCUUCAGUGUAAGGGGAACAUGCCUCAUCUGGUUUGCUCUUAAAGCUGCUAGCUUGAAUGAAGUGAAUGCAAAUGUAUUGGAUUUAAUGUUGCCUUAAAUUAUCAUCAGAAUUUAACAAAUUACAAUUUCAUAUGCAAUGCUGUAAUUUUGUUGCAUUUGAAAGCUUUACUCAUUAAUACACCAGACAAGUCAAAUUAUAUGUUGCUGUGAUUUUU